AACACACUGACUCCUCCGAGCAAUAUUCGUGCCAAUGAUAAUUUCUGAAAGGCGUGGGCCGUGACAAGAGGUCGUCGCGAAACGUCGUCGUAACUGUGUCCCUGUAUGCCAGUUUUGAGCGCAUUUUUAUCGUUUGGCCUCCGAAAAUUCAUUUCGGAGGGGCUGGAAAGUGCGCACCAGCAGCUUAUUUUCUAUUUGGAUGAAUCGAGGCUCUCUAAGCUGGAUCCUGAAGACGACGGUAAAAUCCACAUCAUGGUUGACGCACCUCUCGAAGAGGUUUGUCACAUCUCGGAUUCCCUGCGAACUCGUGUGUUUCACGCUGCAAAGGAUGGAAUGGCCAUAACAUUGUAUGCUCUUCUGGCCGACCUCUCCUCCAAAACGGCCGAUGAGCUCCUCGCACAGCUUGUAGAGGAGGAGGAUGGCCAGAGGAGUACUCCACUUAUUAUUGCCGCUCGCAAUGGUCAUGACAAAGUGGUCAAACUGUUGAUUUCAAGAUUCCGCAUUAAUCUUGAGCAGGAGGGAGUUGUCAAAUUUGAUGGGUACAAAGUUGAGGGUGCUACGGCUUUGUGGUGUGCUUCAGGAGCUGGUCACUUGAAAGUUGUCAAGACCCUAGUAAAAUCAGGAGCUGAUGUUGACCACCCUACCAAAACAAAUUCUACUCCCUUACGAGCGGCUUGCUUUGAUGGAAGGCUAGAUAUAGUUCGCUACCUAGCAGAACACAAUGCUAAUGUGCAUACAGCAAAUAAGUACAAUAACACGUGCUUGAUGGUCGCAUCAUACAGGGGACAUGGUGAUGUUGUUAGCUAUCUUUUGGAAAAAGGUUCUGACCCAAAUGUCAGAGCUCAGUGUGGUGCUACUGUUCUGCACUUUGCUGCAGAAUGUGGUCAGUUGAGCAUUGUAAAGGAAUUGCUUAAAUAUGGUGCUCAGUUCAGUUUAAAUGAGAAUGGCAUGUCCCCUCUGAUGGUUGCUGCGGAUCGCACAAGGGAAGAUGUUGUUGAUUAUCUUAUACUUCAAGAUUUCCUUUCAUAUGAAGAUAAGAUUGAUGCAUUGGAGCUGUUAGGUGCAUCAUUUGCUAAUGAUAAAGAUAAUUACUCUCCUGCUAGUGCAUAUACCCAUAUGAAAAGAGGUAUGGAGCUAAGAUUCAAGAAUAAAAGUAAGCCAAUUCUGAAGAAGCUUGGUCCACCCAUUAGAGCAUAUGAAUAUUGGGUAGAAGCCCAGAAUAUGGAAGAGAUGAUGGCUCGUGCUUCUGAUGUUAAUUCAAUACAUAUGGAAUCCUUGGCAAUACGUGAGCGAAUUCUUGGGCCAAACAAUCCUGAGGUUACUCACCCAAUUAUUUAUAGAGGUGCAGUAUUUGCUGAUCAUGCACAAUUUGACCGCUGCAUUGAGCUGUGGAUGCAUGCAGUAAAUUUACGUCAGAACACCAAUACGUCUGUUGUGAAAGAUCUUUUGCGCUUUGCCCAGGUUUUUUCACAAAUGAUUCAUGUGGGAGUAGAUCUACAUUACCCUGAGGUAGAAUCUGUCAUGAUUGCUGGUGUAAGAGAAUUGGAAAAUAACAAAUCAAAAAUUGCAGACCCAGGUCCCAAAGAUGAUGUUGAAACAAUACAGGAGGAGAUGGAAACCAAUCUUGUCACAAUGUUGUACCUAUUAUGCAUUUCAAACAAAUUAUUGACAUCAUUUGACAGUAAUCAUGAGUAUUAUCAGAGUCUGAACAGGAUUACCUUCCAAGCAAACAGGGUCAAUGCACGUACAAGACUUGGUGAAACACUUCUGCACCUUUGUGUCAAUGCUGAUACUCCACUUGAUGAUUUUCAUAUCAAUGAUGUUUGCAAAUUUCCCUGUGCAGUUACUGCCAAGCUUCUUAUUCAAACUGGUGCAGAUGUAAAUGCUAUGGAUAAAAAUCGGAAUACACCUCUUCACGUCAUUGUUAGUUUUCAACGACCAUUAAGGGAGUUCAUGACAAUCCAUACUAUUAUCAUGGACCUUACUUCUGCUGGUGCCCACCAGGAUAUUUGCAAUAUUAAAGGAGAAACUCCAUAUGAUGCAACUACUGGGGUUGCUGAGCUCAUCCUAAGGACACAGGCAAAGCUGAGUCUGAAAUGCCUUGCAGCAAAAGUAGUGAAAGCUCACAACAUACCUUACAUUGGUCAAGUUCCCAUCACUCUGGAAAGUUUUAUUGAGUUACAUGGGCCAGGCUCAAAUGAGGAGGCUCAAGAUUCACAAAAUAUCUUUUGUCUUUUGCCCGAGUUCCAACCAAAUUAUAAUCUGGUAAGACUUCAUGAGGCAUCUACUUUUUUUCUAAAUUAUGGAUAGAUUCUCUGUAGACUGCUGCAUGCAGACUCCCAAACAGUGGGAACAUCAAUAUUUUUAGAUCUAUGGCUGCUAUAGCAGAAUGCUGUCCGUUGAAAGAAGCAGCAGUUGGCUGGGUAGUUGAACUUGGACUGUGUAAGUUUUACUUUGCAGUUCAAAAUAUGUUGUUGCAUGGAAAAAUAUUUUCCAGUCACACAUUCCCUACCUGUUAGAACUGCCUUCAAUAAUAAGCUGUAAAUACACACAUUGGCAAUCACCCUUCAUUUUGUUUUUAAAUAGGCUUGCUUUCAAAUUUGAAACCCUUUGUAAAUCUUGUAAUUUGUGUUCUUAUUUUCUAUUUUGUGAGGAGUAUAGAAUAUCAGUUCUCUUUUUAGAAUCACUGUUGAAGUUAUCCCUUUCAAUUACUUUUUAAAGUAAUACUUCUUGCCUGAAUUACAUUUUGUAUUACUGUUUUUUCUGUAAUAGGAACUUACUCAAAUGCUUUAAUGAUCUUCUUGAAACUUAUUGAGCUUUGUUCAUAUCUGAGAUUCAAUUUAUAUAUUUUUCUCUAACCCAUAUCUAGGUUAUUACCAUGUGUAGGAACUAUUAUUCAGAUUUCUUUUCUGUAGACAGCUAUACCUGCAUGUUCACUGUUCAGCUGCAAGAUGCAUAGAACUGUACUGUUCUGUUGGAUGUAUGCCAUGUAUGCUGACUGUCCUAUGAUGUAGUACCUGUGUGCUGACUUUUCAUUAUUAAUGAAGUGUUGAGGGUUCUUCUAUGUGACACGCUCAUCAUUGGUCAAGCUCAAUAUAUAUUUUUAAUUUAUUUGCUUUUGACAUGAAACUAAAAUGCCAAUAUUUGGUCAAUUUAUGUAAAUGGCAUCAAAGUAACAACUUUUUCAACAAUUAAACUUAAUUUUGAUGACAUGCAUUAAUAUGACGCCAUUGUUGCCAUUGAAAUUGUUUUGCUUUGUUGCGUGUAAUAUGCCACUCUAGUGCUUCAAGCAUGCUAAUGUUACAGUCUUGUACUUAGUCAACAGACUAUUUUCUGUACAAGGUUUAAAAGUUAUCCAUCACAUACCUGAAACUGAGAUUAUGUUCUUCUUUCAGGAAUUUUUGAAAAUUGCAGCUGCUCAAGCUGCCAAAGUGUUUUAUGUGAUGUAAGGCAUUCUGCCUUCUGAUAGUCACUAAAGUCUGAUAAAUAUUGUUUGGUGUGAUACUCUGUAUGCUAUCAUUUGCUUUAUCAAAGUGUCAAAAACUUUAUAUAGAUUUUUGUACAGUCUUUGUUAUUGUCAUAUGCUUAAUAGCUUUAAUUUGUGUGUGAGAUUGUCAUAGUCCAUUUUGCCUGUAAAUAUGUUAUUCUGUUAUAAAUAUUUAUUAUUUUGUACUUCAUUAUCCUGUUGAAUUUGUUGGUUUAUUUUUGUCAAAAGGACAGCAUUAGAUAGUUUUGUAAUAUAUUGUCCGAACAACAUUGUAACUUUUGAGAUUUUCCUGUAUAGUUUUCACCUGAUGUGAAUGCUGAUGUUGUUCCUUGCCAACAACUGUUAACCUUGUUAUAGAACAAAUUGGCAUCCAAUGUCACUGUCUUCUUGUUCAAGUACAAAUGUUUAUUGGAAUGUUGAAUAUAUAUUUUUUGGUUCUUAAUGCUGGAAUGUGAAGGAUCUUAAUAUAAAUUUUUUUUAACAGACUGAUUAAUUAAACUUGUAUGUGUAAUGGGACAUGAGAGAAUAAGCCCUCUCUCAUGAAUAGGGUAGUGUUGUAGGGUGGGUGUUGUAAUUAUUUUCGACAAAGACUGAAAUUUUUUUGAGAGAAAGUUCAUGUGGACGUUUUUUGUUUCUGUGCUUUAAUUAACAGUAAAAGCCAAAGAAUAAAUUGGACAUCAUAGAAGUAUUUUUUCCAUUUAGAACAAAUGGAAAUAUUGAUUACGUUUAUGAAACGUCCAUGGAAGGUAUCAAGGUAUUGUUUAAAUUUAUAGCAAGCUACCUAAAUUUAAAAUGAAACAAAAUCAAAAAGUGCAACAAUUUUGCAAAAUGAUCAGAAUAUUCCCUCCCAUUAUCAUUUACAUGAUAUUAGAUUCUACAAGUUUAGUCAGGUGAAUGUAUGUUGAUGUUAUGUACUACCCUGUGUGUGGCAAAUAAACUUCCCUUUUUCACUUAAA